UCCGGGUUGUGACAUGGAGAGAAAACCAAAACAAAUAUGGAGGUUCCAGGUCGUGAAAAUCAGCUGAGUGAGUGAUCAAACCAAUUAACAAACUAUGGCUGCCCCCAUGGGGGACUCUAGGAAAUGGAGAAGAAACUAUUUGGUGGGGCCGAGGUCACAAGAACGCUUAAUGCUCAAGGAUCGUAUUUUAGAUGGUAUUUCAAAGUCGAUAAAGAAGAUACAAGAACUUCAUAUCCUGAGAGGUCCCUCUUCUCCACUAGUCCUCACAAAUCAAGAUUGGGAGCUGAAUAAACUGUGUGAACACUUGGACCAUGCCUUGCUUCAUGGACUUCGCAGUGUGACCAGGGGAUACUGGAUGGUGGUGCGGGAAUUCACUCACAGAACCUCGGUCAAAGAAAUCAAAAUGCUUACCAACGUCACCACUGAGCUGGGAAGAGGUCGAUCCUGGUUGUUUAUGGCCAUGAAUGACGGGUUACUGGAGAGUUACUUGCAUUGCUUUGAGAGUAAUGUGAAGAUGGUGAAGAAGCACUAUGUGAAGGAGGCAUUGGUGCUGGACAGUGAGAGGUUAGACAUAUUGGUAACACUAGUCUCAGGUUUGGACUUUAUCACAUUUGACCUGACCUAUGAUGUGACGUAUCUGGACUUCAGCUGUCACUGCCCUGGGGUGGACAGUCCAGACGAGGACAAAGAAGACAGAAUUUCCAUCUGCAGUAUGGAGAGUAGUGUGUCACAGAUGUUUGACCACAACAACGACAUGGCAGGACGUGCCAGAACAGAAUCCAUGCUCCCUUUUCCACGGUCGCCUGGUCAUGAUGACCUCUUGCCAGUCCGACCACGGUCCAUCAGCUCCCUGUCCUCACAAAUGUCCACUCUUCAGUCCUCAACGGGGGACUUCUCUCGAGGAUCUUACAUCGAGGAUGAGGAUUUCGGAGCAGAGGAAGAGGAGGGCAAUAUAGAGGUCAUCCAUGUGAAGAGCAAGAAGAAGAAAAAGAAGAAAAAAGGCAGCAGUCAUGGCAGUAGUUCAAGUACACCUACCACACCUGUCACACCUGUCACACCUGCUGAUGCACCUGUGUUUUGUCCCAUAUCACAUUCCAAUGACAAGAUUCCCAAGCCCUCUCUCCAGGAGGACUCUCCAUCCCACCCAACACAAUUGGGCCCUAAACAGGGGUCUCCUCUAACACAAUUAACAGCUGUCACUUCACCAGAUGAUGAUACCAAAGGGGACAAUUCUGUGCCACAGAAAUCCCACACUGAAACCACUUCUAUAGUCAGAGAUUCUUUUAUCAACAGUGACGAACCUCCUGAUUUAGACCUCAUUGAGAGAGCCAUUUUAAACGGGCCUGCUAUUCGCACACAGCCCUCAGACACGAGCUUACAUGUCUCUGACAAUCUUCAGCAAUCUACAUCGUCAACAAGCUUUAAUAUUUAUGAUUUCAAAAAUCGUACAAGCAUAUCCAGUCAGGGUAGUAGCGGAGGCAGCAGUGCCUCUGUGUCUGGGUUGUUGGUAGGCGGAAAAGAUGAGCACGCUUUGUUUCCACGGAGACCAUCAGAUUAUAAUAAGUCAGACUUUGAAGUCAUCACAGAAGAACAAGACCCAGGAGCUGCUGCCGGGGCUGCGGUGGACCCACCAUCGGAGAAACAUACAGAGGAUGAGCCCAAAAGUGGGAAAAAACAUGAAGCAAGUGAUUUAGAAAAGGCUGAUGAUUCCAAUCUGUUGUCACCCACAGACAUUUUAGAUGGUGCUUUACAGACAGGAGAGAAAGCAAAGACUCGAAGGGAAAACUGGGGAAGGGCAAAAACGCAGAGGGCAAGAAGUGGUGCUUUUAAUGAAAAUGAAAAUUUUAAUUUUAAAGUCAACGAGAAAGGUGCUGAUGUAACUAUAUCUCUUACAAACACAGUCGGGCAAAAUGUGCAAUUAGUGGGUAAAGAUUCUGAAAAUUCCAAAAUUCCAAGUUCACAGCUUGUCAAGGAGCGCAGAACUAGUGAAAGCAUAUACAGUGACAAGGACAAACUGUCUGAUAGUGAGGACAAAACGGAAAGCAUGAUUGGUCAUUCUGAUGGUGACCUUGACCUUGGCCUUGACCUUUCAAGGACAGAAGAUCAGCACCAGCAGGAGACUGAAGACACAGAAUCAGCAGAAGAAUAUAUUGAUGAAGAAGAGGAAAGGGUUAUUAUGAGAAAUUCAGAAGGGAAAUCAAGGCAGUUGGAUAUUAGACUGGACAACAACAGCAAACUGUUUCUGAUGUUGGAAGUUUUCCAGACAGAGGAUGAACAAUUUUUAGCGAUGUAUCCCACCACUGUUGGCCAUACAGAAGGGAAUACGCAGAAGGUAUUUGUGAUGUUGACAUCCAACGCCCUCUAUAUUCUAACACCAGGGCCUGGCCGAGGCAAAUACAACAAGGAGACGGUGGUACGAUACCAGGAGAUCGACUAUGUUGAUUUGUCAGUAAACUUCCAAACAGUUCACAUAGUUUGCACAAACAGAAGAAAACAGCACUGGAUCACAACUGGAGAUGAGGAACUGACCAAGGCUAUGGUGAAAUCACUGGAAGAGGCAGUGCGUAACUGUGAAGUGGAUCUCCUGCGACUCAGCGUUCUCACUGAUGCCACCACACAGAAGAUAGCAAUGAAGAAAUGGCUGGCACAGGAAUGCGGAGUAGCUUCCAGUGAGGUGGAACUCCUGUGUUACAGUCUAGUCAGUUGGGAGGACACACAGUCCAAAUCUCGGAGUGGACUAGCCAAAGAGGGGACGCUACUGGUCAAGACUCCCAACAAUCUGUACGGUCACACGUGGAAGGCUGCCUUUUUUGUACUUAGAGAUGGUAUAUUGCUCCAGUUUCCAAAUAAAAAUAACACAAAAGAGCCAGAAAGAACAAUCCAAUUGGGUGGUGAAGAUUGCUGUGGCUGCAGACGAGCUCACGUCUCGGACAGGGAGAACUGCUUUGAGAUUAUCCUCUCAGACAACAGCACAAUUCAGAUGUCCGCAUCAAAUGAAUCAGAGACGUUUGAUUGGCUUCAGACUCUGUGUAAGGCUGUUUCAGAAGGAAUGGGGAAGACGAUGUUGCUAGAAGGGGCUCCUGGUGGCGUGGGUGUUCUACCCUGCUGUGCUGUACUGACUCCUAACAAGUUAUUCAUGUGCCAUGAGGACCUGCAGACAUACUUCUUUAGAACCAUAGGCUCUGCAAAUGUGUUAGAUGUGACAGGCAUCACAAUUGACCCCACAGACGAGAGAUAUUGUAUUGUGGAGUUUGAGUCACAGGACAGGAAAGUCAGCAGUGAACAGUGGAUCCUAUAUUUUGCAUCGACAAAAGAACAACGAAAGUUCACAGAAGCCCUAUCUGAUGCAUGGAAGAGACACUUUCAGGUCUCAAUACCAGUAAACAUAUUUGAGGACAUGACCUUACAGUGGAAAUGCAAGGAUACCUUAGCUAAUGCUUUGGCUCCACUAUCAAUCAGUUGAGACCUUUUUUUGGCUCUCACACGUACCAAAUAUGUGAAAACUGUCCUUACCAUCAUUAGUUGCCUAAGACCUGAUCUAUUUCCUUUAUCAGUCAGUGAAACUGGUUAAAUAUUGACUAAAGUUACACCAAAAUGUCCAGUGCAAUGGUCAGGCCUGUUAUCAGUCAGCUGGGGUCA